AGUGAAUUGCGUCAGUGGCAGGCUUGAAAUGCGCCUGAUCUGGCCAGGCGGAUGAAAGUAGAGGCGCACUGUGGGGAGAGAGGAAAAAGUUCUCAACAAGGAGAGGCAGGACUACUCAUACGGAGCCCCUGCAGUCUCACUUUUAUGCCUCUAACAGACUUUCCCUGCCAUCCUUUUGCAUUUUUACUCUGCAACACUGCUUUUGCGCUUCCGAGAGAGAAAUCCUACUUUUUGACUUAAGUGAAAGCACCAGCACCAUGGAGCUGCUCUGCCUCGAAAUGGACACCAUCAUACGAGCUCGUCCCGAUCCCAACCUCCUGUGCGAUGACAGAGUCCUGCAGAGCUUGUUGACCAUAGAGGAGAGAUUUCUACCCCAAUAUUCCUAUUUCAAAGUCGUCCAGAAAGAUAUUCAGCCGUUUAUGCGGAGGAUGGUCGCUACGUGGAUGUUGGAGGUCUGUGAGGAGCAGAAGUGCGAGGAAGAAGUUUUUCCCCUGGCCAUGAACUACUUAGACAGGUUUUUAGCCGUGGUACCCACCAAAAAGUGUAACCUGCAGCUGCUGGGAGCAGUCUGCAUGUUUCUUGCAUCCAAAUUGAAAGAGACUCGUCCAUUAACUGCAGAGAAGCUUUGCAUCUACACAGAUAACUCCAUCAGACCACAGGAGCUGCUGGAAUGGGAACUGGUGGUGUUGGGGAAAUUGAAGUGGAACUUGGCAGCAGUGACACCAAAUGACUUCAUUGAGCACAUUGUGAGGAGGCUGCCGCUGCCCGAGGAUAAGCUGGCACUUAUUCGCAAACAUGUCCAGACCUUCAUCGCCCUCUGUGCCACAGAUUUCAGAUUCGCCAUGUACCCUCCCUCCAUGAUUGCCACAGGAAGUGUGGGGGCAGCGAUCUGUGGCCUCCAGCUGGAUUCAGCUGACCAGUCGCAGUGGGGCGACAGCCUCACAGACCUGCUGGCCAAAAUUACAAACACAGAAGUGGAUGUUCUCAAAGAGUGUCAGGAACAAAUUGAGCGCGUGCUGGUGAGCAAUCUGCGCGAGGGCCGGCAGCAGCAGCAGCAGCAGCAGCAGACACAGAGAGGCCCCAGUGGCAAAGGCCUGGACGAGCUGGAUCAGUCCUCAACCCCGACAGACGUCCGUGAUGUCAACUUGUGAACCACCGGAGGGCAUCGUUGCACAGGAUUUACAAGAAGAAAAGCGUCAUGAAAAAAAAAAAAAAAACCUCAAUUUUCGUGGAAAAAAAAAGAAGAAAAGAACAAAAAAUGUUAAAAACACAAGCCCUUUAAAUGAAAAAGAACAAUGCUUGCUAGUUUUUUUGUAGAUUUUCUGUUCUUCAAGUCCAAAACGCCUGCCCACAAAAGCGAUUUUCUUUCUAUGAGGUUCUCGUUCUAAAAGCAACAAAUUUGAUUCAAGAUGAAGCUCUGUGGUGCCUUGGAUAUACAGAAGGGAAGCCAAUCAUAUUUGCAUUCUGCCUUUUGAUUGUAUAGUAUGAUCUUUAAAUUAUACUUAAUAACCAUAGCUUGAUAAUGAGGUAGAAGUUGUGGAAACCAUUAAGAAAUUGCAUACAUGGGAUCACAGUGGGGCUCGAAUCGUCUUCUUUUUUUUUUCUUUUUUUUUCUCUCUCUGUUUUGUUUUAUGUGAAUAUUAUCACUAUAAUAUUUGUGGCUGGUGUGAAAGAGGACAGAGUGUCCGAGUUCACACCCGUGUCAAGGAUGAAACAGACGGAGGAGGCUGUGAGAACAUUAUGCUAAAAGUUGGUGGGUCCCAAUUCCAGGGAAGAGACAGGAUUGUAAUAAUUAUUAGUAGUAUUAGUAAUAUUAUUAUUAAUAUUAUUAUUGGACAUAUUUUGGAACUGAGUAGUAGAGAUCAAUAAGCUCCUUUUUUUCAGGCUGCUUGUGUGUGUCAGUUUGUAGGUGCAGUGUGUGUGCCUGUGAGUUUGCAUGCAAGCCUGUACGUGUGCGUGCAUGUGUGUGUGUGUGUGUGUGUGUCUGAAUGGUGUAUGUGUGUGUGUGCGUUGCGUGAAUGCUACACGUGAUCCUGUAUCUAUAUAUUAACAGUGUGCAUCCUACGGCGUGAGGCACUUAAGCAGAGUUAAGUCGUAGGCUCACAGUUCUAUGUUAAAGUCUACGGAGCGAGCCGAGGCUACACGUACUUUGUCCGUCAGUAUAACAUGCGGGGCAUCGGCGCUAUAUCACUGCCUUCAUGCAUUAACGGUGUAUCAUGGUUCAUUGUUGGCCAACAAUAAACCCACGUGCAUGGACUAUAACUGAGUGAGAUAAAGAUUUAGCAGAAGAGGAUAUGGGCUAAGGGACUUUCACUUGGAGGCCCUUAUCUCUCCAGUUGUCCCUGAGGUUUCUCACCUCAGACUUAGAGGUCAUGUGAGGUGUUUGUUUUAUUACUGCCAUUCUGUCGAUGACAUUAUUACAGAUACUUCAUUCUUUAUGCGCAUUGUUACGAUAUGGUGUUUCCUUCGUUUUGAAAGGCUGCUUCGAGUCUGGACCGAGGAGUUAAACGAAAGGCCUCUCGCAUCAUGACGGAGGGAGAAGUCUUGGAAGAGAGUGAUGCUUUUUUUAAAAGUCGGGAGGACGUGAAAGUCCAACUGUGUCAACCAGCAGGGAGGGAAGGAGUCAGAAAAGACAGGGGACAGUUUUGACGGUGGAGGGCACGAGUGCACGGCACAGUGGUCGGAUAGGCAGGAUCUUAGUGCUGCUGUGUAGGAGGAUGUGGAUGAUGUACAGCCAAUGGCUGGACGGUGACACAAGACGCCCAAUGGCCUCACAGUAAAAACUUAAAAUAUCUGCGUCUUUUGGGUGGAAUCAGCGAUGCCUGCAGUGACACAGCUAAAUGAAGCGGUUUUGCUCUAGGUUUCAUUCAUGCUCAAAUGAAAUGAGGAACCAGAGACUGUACGCUGCCACGUGUAGGAGGAUGAACUUUGUUGGGGGCGUUGAAAGGAGUACAGGAUGAGAAUAUACUGUCAAUGCAUCUAGAGUCCCACAUAGGGUUGUUUGCGGCUCCCCUAUAUGAUUUCAAUGGCAAAGCACUUUGAGAACAUGCUCCCCAGGAGAUAAGUAAAAUGAAAUGUGUUGGGUGGUGAUUGGAGGUGAAUGGAUUUUUUAUCUUUUUUUUUCUUAUUCUUUUUCUUUUUUUUCCUUGUUAGCCUUUUCUUUGGUUUACUUUGUAGGGCUGGUUUCCCAAUCGUCAGACAUACCCUUGUCAAGCAAGAGUCACGUAUAUAUAUUAAAAAAAAAAGAGAGAGAGGACAUUCCGAUCAAACAAAAACAAAACAUUCCUACCCAAGCCGAGUGCAAGUUGACGGGGGAGUCUGACCUGAUAAAUUCUAACAAACGCCAAUUACUACACACAGCGAUCACUGAUCUGUGGGUUCUGUUCGAUUUCCUUUCACUUUGUCAAGAAAUGAAAUAUUUGUUUGUACUUGAAUUUUUCUUUUUCCUUUUUUUCUUUUUUUUUUUUUUCUUUUAUUUAUCUGUAACACAGCCACACAUGGUCACACAGGUGGAAGUGAGGAGCUACAGCAGAGGGUGGUUGUAACAUCUAAUAUUUGCACAUGUUCUUCAGAGGGGGCAACAAGGAUUGCAUAGACCACCUUAACUGAUGUGUGUUGCAGUGAUUUGGUCAGUUGAUUUUAAUGGUGCUGGCUUUUGUAGUUCAGACUGAUCGUCUGUCAGUGAAUGCAUCCGUCCCCUUGUGAGCUUCGCUGCUUCAAAUCAUUAGCAAAGGGGUUUGUUUUUUUUAUAUCAGCCAGACAGACAUCAGCAAAAAGCAAAAGACAGAUUCUUUUUUUCCUUUUGUUUUGUUUCUGUAGGACACAAGGCUUUGCCACAGUAAGGUGUCUUUGACUUAAUGCUUGACUUUUGUUUUUGUCAUGAUGGUAUGUGACUUUGCUGAGUGUAUGUUUGUCAGACUGAAGAAAAUGUGGGGAUCUAAUGUUUUAGUGAUGUUUUUCAGUACAACUGGGGCAAUUUAUUGACACAUUUGCCAAAACAUCCCUGUAUGAAUAUUUGAUAUGACCCCCUUCAUUUUUGCCUCUGUUUGUCUGAUGUAAGCUCUCUCCCAAACUUAAUGGUUGUGAUUUUUUUUUUUUCUUUCCUGCAAUUUGUUGUUGCAUGUGUUAUAUAUUGAGACCACCUUUACAAUUUGUGUUUGAUAUAUUUUAUGGGGUGACCAGACCCGCAAAAGGGUUUUUCUAAGAUUUAGAGAUACUGUAUUCCAAAGUGAAGAGAGGACCGAGGAGGAGGUGUGAAGACAUCAAGAAAAAAGUGUCAAUAUUUUUAUUGAGUUAUUGUUGUCUUUUUGCGCUGCUAAAAGCUAUGAAUUUGUUUCAUUUAUACAAAAAAAUAACAUUACCUAGUUGUGAUGUGUCACUUGAGUGUGCUGCUAUUUUAUAAACAUUUGUAUUAUAAUAUAAUUAUUUUACUGCUUAAGAGAUACAUUCAGAAAAACGAAGUAGAUGGUGAUAGAAGAACAUGAAAUGAGUACUCGACUGGAAAUGUUCUUUGUACAGUUUGACAGUUUGCUUAGAUAGCAUGUCUCCUUUACCCCCCGCCCCCACCUUUUUUUUUUAUCUUAUUUUGCUCUCCUUCUUCAGUCACAUUCUACAUCAGUGGUAUUUCCUAUACCUCAGGAUUACUGGACAAAAUCAAAUACACAAAUCCAUCACCUAUACCUCUACAGUUAGGGAGCCUGGGACAGAGGACAAAGAAUACAGUGGGGGUGAAAAAAAAAAAAAAAAAGCAACUACACAUUUUUGUGGAUGAAUGAUCCCACUGUUUUAGUGGGGAAACAACUUGUGAGAAAAUAUGUGAGGCUUCCACUUGGACUUAACCUAUAUUGGAGGGGGGCUACAACAACUACUCUUGAUUUGUUGUGCGUGAAAGAGGGGAAAAGACAGCAUUCCUAUGAUGGCCAAAGUCCAGUUCAUGCUUAAUACAACCAUAGUCAUUCUGAAUGUCAAGUCAAUAUGGAUUCUGUAUGUGAAACAAAGAGAUAUGUUUUGGUCUGAAAUAACGUGUGUUGCCACCAUUGUAACUGCCACAAAAUAAUGGGGGGUUGUCAUGGCCAACCAUAAAUAUUCUGAUAUCUGGAAGUUUCAAUGGUGCAGAUUUCCCUUUUCGAGUUGCCUCCCCUCCUCUAUAACUCAUAUCAUGUACCUCAAAUGUCUGUUGCACAACCUCUGGUCAAUAAACGUCUGCUUUAAAGGGUGUGACACCACAUCAGCUCACUA